UACUUAUGUAAACAUUGCAUAUAUGAAUGUAGUUAGGCCAUUUUCAACUGGCAGUAUUUCCUUUGGCAUUUGUUUCCCCUCCUCUACACAUCUUCCUCUUUAUCCACCCUACCAAGCCAAACAUUUGUUUAAAGUAGGAGUUCUUAACCUGGCUUCCGGGUCUGUGAACCACAUGAAGCUUGUUUGUAAAACUGUGUGCAAUUUUCUAGGGAAAGUCAUGGGUCUCAAAGGAAUCCCAUGCAUUUCUCCCCACCCCACCCCCAAAAAGAUUAAGAACUAAUGACUUGGAGGAAAUCAGUCAAUCUUUGGCAAAGUAAUCUUCAUUUCAUGUUUGGUCCUGAAUAUAGACCAAAUAGAAGUAGUGACUUAUUUUUCGUUCAUUGGUGGCCAAUUGUCUAAGAGUCAGGAACCCCCAAACGUCCCAUACGUAAUAGGUCAUCCAAUGAGUUUGAAAAGCGAAAGGCACCUGAAAGCCGCAGUAGAGAACUAUGAAUGGAGGCGCUCCAGGGCCCACGUGAGAAAGCGCCCUGGGAACUGGGGAAAUUACCUGCAGCUGGGGGUAGGGGAGAGACUGGGUCACAGGCAGGACAAUGGCUAGACUGUGUGUCCUCACCCCCCGAGCCCCGUCUGCCCUCUGGUCUAGACGGUGGGCAGCUGGAGCGAAGACGGCACACAGGACCGGGCCCGCGAGUGGGGCAGAGGCCGUGGCGGGCGCGGCGGCGACUUCCGGCGGGGGACGGCCCCGCCCGCGGGAAGCGCUGGGAGCCUGGCGGCCGGACGCAGACGCCGACCGGGACAGUGUUGCGUCGAGCUCCGAUGACAGGCCAGGCACGCCCCUUUACGUCCCCGCGUCCCCUAAAGCCCCUCUCUUCUCAGCCUCUCGCCGUUUCGCGCUCCUCGGAGAGACCCGCCUCUUCCCCCGAGCCGCACCACCCGGAGGCCGCGGCGCGCUCCAGGCCCGCCUCUUACGGAAGCCGAAGCGGACGUUCGGAAUCCGGAAGAAAAACAAUCAGGCGCGAGAGAGGUGUCUGAGCGCUGGUGUCCGAGGCUUGCCGCCCGGAGGCUGCUCCGGCUGGGACCAGCUGGGGCGGCGAGACGCGAGCCUGCUGGACCACUGCGUGGGGAGGAUGGCGGCCGUGACCUUGAGGAAGCCGACCGGGCCGAAAGUCAGGAAGCUCAGCAUACAUGUCGUGACAUGGAAUGUGGCCUCAGCAGCACCCCCUCUAGAUCUCAAUGACCUGCUUCAGCUGAACAACCAGGACUUGAAUCUGGACAUAUGUAUCAUUGGUUUGCAGGAAAUGAACUCUGGAAUCAUAAACCGCCUUUCUGACGCUGCCUUUGAAGACCCAUGGAGCAGUUUCUUCAUGGAUGUGCUUUCCCCUCUGAACCUCGUCAAGGUCUCCCAUGUCCGCAUGCAGGGGAUCCUCUUACUGGUCUUUGCCAAGUAUCAGCAUUUGCCCUAUAUCCAGAUUCUCUUCACAAACUCCACCCCCACGGGUCUCUUCGGGUACUGGGGAAACAAGGGAGGAGUGAACAUCUGCCUGAAAGUGUAUGGCUACUAUGUCAGCAUUAUCAACUGCCACCUGCCUCCCCACAUGUCCAACAAUGACCAGCGGCUGGAGCACUUUGACCGGAUCCUGGAGAUGCAGAAUUAUGAGAGACAUAACAUCCCCAACAUCCUGGACCAUGAACUCUCAGGCUGCCCUCCUUUCUUUCUGAAGCCUUAUUCUCUGGUUUGGAGACAUGAACUUUCGGAUUGAAGACUUUGGGUUGCACUUUGUUCGAGAAUCCAUAAAAAAGCAGUGCUACAGUCACCUGUGGGAAAAAGAUCAGCUCAGCAUUGCCAAGAAACACGACCCGCUGCUCCGGGAGUUCCAAGAGGGCCUCCUGCUCUUCCCGCCCACCUACAAGUUCGAUAGGAACUCCAAUAACUAUGACACCAGUGAGAAACGACGCAAGCCUGCCUGGACCGACCGCAUCCUGUGGAGGCUGAAGCGGCAGUCCCGGGCCUGCUCCCUUACCCCCAGACUGCCAGCCCCCUACUUCUCACUGUCUCUGAGGAGCUACGUCAGCCACAUGAUAUACCGCAUCAGUGACCAUAAGCCUGUCACUGGCACCUUUGACUUAGAGCUGAAGCCAUUGGUGUCUGCCCCACUGAUCGCCCUGAUGCCCGAGAACCUGUGGACCAUGGAGGACAACUUGGUGGUCAGCUACUCCUCAGACCCCAACUUCCCCAGCAGCCCCUGGGACUGGAUCGGACUGUACAAGGUGGGGAUGCGGCACAUUAAUGACUAUGUGUCCUAUGUCUGGGUAGGGGACAACCAGAUCUCCUUCAGUGACAACCUGAACCAGGUAUACAUUGACAUCAGUGCCAUCCCUAAGACUGCAGAUCAGUGUCUCCUCUGCUACUUCAGCAACAAUCUGCAUUCUGUCGUGGGCAUAAGCAAACCCUUCCAG